AUGUCUACAAAAACAUUUAUCGUCGAUGAUGAAAACGAUGAAAUUUUCAUUGCUAACGAACUUUCUAAUAUUCUCAAAGAAUUUCAGUAUGGAAUAAAACCGAAUUCUAUUCAAAUUCUGAGUACUUCAAAGACCAAAAACGCAACAACACAUGACACUUAUGGAGCAGUGUUUAAAUUAACCUUGCUGGAAGACAUUGAACUUAAAAUUGGCGUAUCCAAGGCUGGUUUUACGAUAAUUCAAGCAACACGAGAAGAAAAUAAUGAAAAGUCGGCAAAUGAUGAUUUAGAGCGCAUCUUGCCAAUUAUCAAUCAACCUUUCGAAACUAUGAACGCCUUAUUAUUCAGAGCGAGUCCCAGAUUCGGGAAAUCAUUUCAUGAUGCGCUUCUCUCGAAACUUGGUAACGAUCUGUGA